GGCGCGGUCGGUACGCGCUCGGGUCAGGUGCGCGCCGGGAGAGCGACUCCAAAACGCGCAGCUGCAAAGCUGAUUUAACGCUGCACAAAAACCGAGAUCGCUUUGAAAUAUACACAAAUAUAAUAUAAAAAGCUAAGAGGGGGAUUUACCGAAGUCUUGAUACAAAGACACAGGAGAGCAACAAUACUGUCUGCAGGAACGCUGAUGGAAACGCACCUGACCAUAACCCCUUGCCCAGAAAAUUCCGUGCAAUGAAGCAGCACAGACUAGCUGCAGGUUCCUUUGCUUACCUUUCAACUUAAUCCGAAGAGCAAAGAAUAAAUCAUGAACUUGACAGACUCUGUUUGGCUCUUGGAAGAGCCCUGGAACCUCAGCCGUGUGGAGGAGGAGGACGAGAAACUUUUAUUCGGGAUCGGCACGGAUAAUUUCAUCACGCUUCUGGUUUUCGGGCUCAUCUUUACGCUCGGCGUGCUGGGCAACUCCAUGGUGAUCACCGUGCUGGCCCGGAGCAAACCGGGAAAACCUCGAAGCACCACCAACAUAUUCAUCCUGAACCUAAGCAUAGCAGACCUGUCUUACCUGCUUUUCUGCAUCCCUUUCCAGUCCACUAUCUACAUGAUGCCCACUUGGGUGCUCGGUGCGUUUAUUUGCAAAUUCAUCCACUAUUUCUUCACUGUUUCAAUGCUGGUCAGCAUCUUCACCCUGUCCGCUAUGUCAGUGGACCGAUACAUUGCCAUCGUUCACUCCAGAAAGUCGUCCUCUAUUCGGGUGGCGAAGCACGCUCUAAUUGGGGUGGUGGUGAUUUGGAUACUCUCCCUGGCGAUGGCUGCGCCUAUCAUGUAUUACCAGAAUAUUUUUAAGAGAGGGGAAAAUCACACCUUUUGCUGGGAAGUGUGGCCGGAUCAGAACCAGAAGAAGAUCUAUGUGGUUUGCACGUUUAUCUUUGGUUAUGUGCUGCCUCUGCUGCUCAUUUCUUUCUGUUAUGCAAAGGUGUUAAAUCACUUGCACAAAAAGCUAAGAAAUAUGUCCAAAAAGUCAGAGGCAUCAAAGAAAAAGACUGCUCAGACGGUGCUUGUGGUGGUGGUGGUGUUCUGCCUGUCGUGGCUCCCUCAUCAUGUAGUUCACCUCUGGGUGGAGUUUGGGACCUUCCCGCUAAACCAAGCCUCCUUUGUAUUGCGGGUGGCUGCACACUGCCUGGCGUACAGCAAUUCAUCAGUCAACCCGGUCAUCUACGCCUUCCUGUCGGAGAACUUUAGAAAGGCCUAUAAGCAGGUGUUUAAAUGCCAGAUUGGUACCAGUGACUCCCCGCUUAAUGACAUCAAGGACAUUCGUAGCAAAGCAGAUACGCCACCCUCAACUAACUGCACAAAUGUUUGACUUACAGCUGCCACACCCAAAGUCAUUGCAAGUCAUCAGAUAUGAGUGGGUGUGCGUUUUUGAUGCAGGUACGUAUGGUCGUUUGGACAUCGCUAAAGCUGUAAUAUUCCACAUAAGCGCUGUUAAUUUCACCUGGACUAGAGGGGAUAAGGCACCAGUGGCUGCAGGACACGAUUACUCCCUCUUUGUGAUUGCUACUGUACACGUCAUCACUGAUGGAAAAAAAAAAAACUGUCUGAAAUUGAAAAAAGUGAUCCUCCUUCGACAGUGACCUCCCUUAAAAUGCAGACAGUGAGUUUAUUCAAAUCAAUGAAUUUAAAACUCUGCAUGGGGAAAAGAAAAACAAUAUUGGUGCAGGUCCAAUAAGUGGACAUUUUUCAUAAAAAGUAAGAAUUGCAUUAAAAGAAGCAACACAUUUAUACCUGUAAUACAGUCUGUUUUUAAAAAAAAAAAAAAUACUUGUAGGAUUUUGCAGGAUUUGGAUUAUUCAGUGAGGAAGUAGUAAAGGACCACAAAAUUGAUACAUCUGAUCCAGUUGUUGUUUUGCCAUCUUAUUAGAAGAAGAUGGCACGUCAUUGUCAGUUUCCUGAUGCUGAUUUUAUUUCUUUAGUGAUGAAAGAGGUAUAGGAUAGCAUGCUAGCCGAGCUAGCUUGAAUCAGCUUGUCUUAGCUAGCCGUUUCUAAAACAGGUGGCUCCUAGCUACAUCCAAAACUAUUUCUACAAAUUACAUGUCAGAAACUAGACACAUUGAAGCCCAGUUUACGUGUUGCUAACUACUUUUAGCUUGGUAUGCUAAUGUUAACUCUGAAAAGCUGGACAAUGAAAGCAAAGAAUGGUUUUGCCAAGAUAGUAGCAUGAUUAUGGCCCAAUAACUCUAUAAAGCUACUCUUUUGUUUCAUAAAAAGGGUCUAGGAUAUGAAGGUCUUUAAUAGUGCUAAUGUGCUUGUGAAUUCUAGGUAAAUUAGUACUACUUUCAAGUUGAAAACAUGGCUGACUGAACAACCAAAAAUCCAAUUUUUUAAAAGAUUAGCAAGCAUGACUCACUAAUACCAUGGAAACAUACAAUUUUGUUUCAAGGUAAGUUGAAUGAAAGUUGGCUAAUAUUUAACUCUGUAGUGGAUAACUUUUCUUUAUUUUGUCUGUUGUUACAGACACCAGGUUGAGGAUUAAAACCAGUGCCAAAACUAGUUUACUAGGAAACUAUAGGUGCCUAUAGACGUCAGCAUUGUCUGAACUUGUUUGACAAUGGCUUGAUUGUAAUCCCUGUAGUCCAUGUUUAGAGUUUAAGAGCCUGUUUGGAUUUGAUUGAUCAAAACAAGAAUUGAUUUGAUUUGAACUAGCAAACAUGCUUUAUAAUCAUCUUAAAGCAAAUUUCAUAGGACUACAGACAAUAUCUUUGUGUAAUUGACCUCUGGAGUUUGUGGUCAGUAUCACAGCCAUCUGUUUGUGGGUGGCAAAUAGUCUGCUGUACCUCCCAUUGAGGAAAAAAUAUGAAAGACUGGAACUAAAAGAUUUUUUUGUAGUUUUUUCUACAUAUUGAAGUUGUAAUGCAUCACUGUGUGUGUUUUGGGGUUGUUAAAUAAGGUACAUCUUAACUGCACUCUUGACAAGGAUCAUAUACAUGAGUAUUAAAUGAGUAACAUUUUUCAAGUAAGCUGUCCAUCACUGCUGAUGGUCCUUCACUGUAGAUUAAAAAUAAAAGACCUACUAUUUAAGUUGCACUCUGCUUGAGAAACCAUGUAUUUUAUAAAUAGAUUGGGUUGUAAAUACUAAAAGCUAAAGCUUAUAUUCACAUAUGUCUUUGGAAAUCUUGCUGUACUUGCUUAUGAUGCUACGUAAACAGUUUUCAGAUUGUGUUGUGCUGUAUCAAUCAGCCUGGCUGUUGAAUGUACCGAUGCUUGAUGUGCUUUUCCUGGUAGCCAUCUUUGUAACCAAGAAAACAACAGAACAAUGGAAAUGAAUGAAUUUUAAUGUUGUACAAUAUAUGUGAUGUGCCAAAUCACCAUAUAGCAGCUUUAUCUCAGUGCAACAAAAUCAGUACAGCUCGGUAUUCUCUGUAACCACAAAUACUCUGCUUAAGAUUUUAGUCCACAGCACCAUCUUUCUCCUGAGAACAGCAAAUAAUCAGGGUCAUCCAAGUCUUGCCCUCGCUCUCAGUGAGGCUCUUAGAUGUGAGAGUCGAGGCUUUUUCUGACAGAACAGAGGAGGUGCAGUUGAUGACUUUGCUCACUGUAUUGCUGACUGCACAGAUAAUUAUACCCACAAAGGACUCAGGAUUUUCUUUCUUUUUUUAAAUAGGACAUGCAUGGAAACCACAUCCUGAUGGUGUAGGGAACAUAGCUACUGGUUUCCAUACAAAGAGUUAAUGAACAACAUUUGUCUUUUUUAACAAGAAUGUAUUUUCAGUCUGAUAUCACUUUUUAUUGCAGUCCCCAAAUUACAGUGUAACUGUUUUAGUAAUUAUAGACUACUGAGUCAAUAUUAAUCAUAUGUUUAGGCAUAUCUAAGUACAGGAGAAGAAGAUCAGAGUAUACAGAUUAAGUGGUUCCAGCUUUUAUUCUGCUUUAUUUGUGUACUUUUUAUUAUUACUCCUAACGCUGUGAGCUCUUUUCAUUUCUAGAUUCUAUGAGAAUUUUUAUCACUGUGUUCUUUGUGGUAUUUACUGUUUCACGAGUACAAUGAAUAUACUGUAACUGUAAUGUGACGGCUAUUUUCUUACAUGUUUAAUUUUCAUUUUGAAAUGUAGAUUUAUAGAUUAAACGUUCUUUCUUUGUUUUCAAAAUUCAUCUACUCCAUGCUCGGAAAAAAUGUAAGAUAUUUUUUCUAAUAAAUAAAAAUGGAAUUAAAAACAGCACGGUAAAACCAAAUGUAUGCACGUACCAUUUUGUGAGGAAAUGCAAUAAAUGUCAGUUUCUGGAGAGACACCCAUUUGUACAACUUUUAGUGCAUUUUGUUUAGUGUGGUUUGCUUUUUGACUCUGAUUCCUGUAUUAAAUCAGCUGUGAUAUAAAAUCAAAAUCCGACAAAACAAUUAUCACUCUCUUUUAAGUAUAUUGAUAUCUGGAUUGUAUCCUGAAAUAUAUCCAGGCUUUUGAUUGUGUCUUAUGCAGUGCUGCUUGUAUAAUAGAGUCACAUUAAACUCUGGCAUUUC